AUAAAUUGGCACUGUCUAUACACUGGAAGAGUGUUGAGGUUGAAGUUAUCGUUAGUCUUAUCAUGUCUGCUAUAUAUAAAGUGCUAUCUGGCCGUUCGACCAAGGUUGAGUCUGAGAAGAAGUCGCAUAUCAACAGACAGAGGGUGUUGCUCAUCUCCUCGAGAGGUAUCACGUACAGACACAGAUAUCUGAUUGGAGAUCUGUAUUCGUUACUACCACACUCCAGAAAGGAGCCAAAGCUCGAUACCAAGAAGCAGCUGACACAGCUGAACGAGAUUGCGGAGCUGUACAACUGUAAUAACAUCUUAUACUUUGAAGCCAGAAAGCACACGGAUCUGUAUAUGUGGAUGUCCAAGCCACCUAACGGGCCAACCAUCAAGUUCUACGUGCAGAACAUCCAUAACACCGAGGAAUUGAACUUCACUGGUAACUGUCUCAAGGGCUCGAGACCUCUGCUGUCGUUUGACAGUGCGUUUGACGACGAGGCCCACUUCAAGCUGAUGAAGGAGAUGUUCAUCCACACCUUUGGCGUACCACCAACGUCCAGAAAGGUUAAGCCCUUCAUUGACCAUGUCAUGUCCUUCUCCAUCGUGGACGGCAAGAUCUGGGUCAGAAACUACCAGAUUCUGGAGCAGGCGGAGGACGUCAAGGACCGUGAUGAGAAGGACAUCUCACUCGUCGAGAUUGGACCAAGAUUUGUGCUCACGCCAAUUGUCAUACUAGAGGGCUCCUUUGGAGGCCCAAAGAUCUACGAGAACAAGCAAUACGUGUCUCCAAACUUUGUCAGAGCACAGAUCAAGCAGCAACAAGCAGAGGACGCUAGAGCAAGACACGACGCUGCCGAGGCCCUCAAGCUGAAGAAGAUUGAGAACGUCCUCAAGGUUGACCCGUUGUCCAACGAGGCUCUGUUCAAAGACGAUAUCUAAGGCUCUACAUGGCAUUUCCCCUUUUCUUGUGUUUUUAGUUUCCUGAAUUCCAUAACAUUGUAAAAACUUUCCAUUUCAACCACUUCUUCCAUAUAUACACCCCCUCCUCACACUCUCUAACUCAUCUUUAUAUGAAUAUAUAUAGCAGCUUAUAGACAGACAGCACACAGCAAAGCUCAGUGCUUCUCUGCAGCCUUGGCCUCGGCCUGCUUCAAGUAGUCCU